AUGCACGAACCAUCAAGCACGUCGACGAGCGCAUCAGCAAGUGGAGGCCGCAGCGAGUUGCGAAGGAUGUCGUCAUUUCAGCCUGCUUCAGCAGUCGCACGCGAGAUGGACUCGUCUACGGGCGUGGAUGGCUCGACGUCGAGCGGUGCAAGCGGUGCAAGCGGUGCAAGCGGUGCGACGGUGGUGCAGCCUCGACCGCGACCGCUGAUCCGCGGAGCUGCGCGGACGGGCAACACGAUUCUGGUGAACAACUGUCAACGCGGGAAUCCGGUUCUGCAACACAUGCGCAACAUUGGAUGGGAGUAUGCGGACAUUGUGCCGGAUUACCAGGUGGGGCUGUCGGCGUGCGUGCUGUUUCUGUCGAUCCGGUAUCAUCGGCUGCAUCCAGAAUACGUGCAUACGCGCGUGCAAAAGCUGGCGCACAUGUAUACGCUGCGGAUCCUGCUGGUGCUGUGCGAUGUGACGGACCACCAAGCGGCGAUCAAGGAACUCACCAAAACGUGUGUGAUCAACAAGCUCACACUGAUGCUUGCGUGGUCAGCCGAAGAAGCGGCGCGCUACCUCGAGACGUAUAAGAGCUUCGAGCUGAAACCGCCGGAUGCCAUCAAGGAGCGCGUCGGUGACGACUACCUGAGCCAAGUCACCAACGUCCUGACACAGGUACGCGGCAUCAACCGCACCGACGUCAUCACGCUCUUGUCCACGUUCGGCUCGCUGAAAAACGUCGUCAACGCAAACGUACACCAACUCGCAAUGUGCCCCGGCUUCGCACUCCGCAAAGCAUCCCGCCUCAACCACGUCUUCACUCUCCCCUUCACUCCCGCCCGUUCGCACACGCUUUCAUCCUCCAUACCCCCACCCCCCUCUUCUCCCACACACCCCUCCACCCGCCCAAUUCCACACACACACAAUCUCCCUCCCCACGAUGAUGGCCAUGACCACGAUCAACUCCUCUUGGCCAUCCAGUUAUCCCUAUCCCACCAUUCGCCUCCUCACGACCUGUAG